AUGGAACGCCCAUUUAAGAAAUUCCGAUUUGCCAUCGACAGGGGAGGUACAUUCACAGAUGUCUUCGCUAAAUGCCCUAGCGGAAAAAUCAGAGUUCUGAAAUUGCUCUCAGAGGAUCCUCAACAUUACAAGGAUGCUCCAACGGAAGGAAUCAGGCGUAUAUUACACGAGGAAACUGGUCAUGCUCUGGAUAGCGAAGGCAAUGUAGACAGUUCCCUAAUAGAAUGGAUUAGAAUGGGGACUACUGUUGCCACCAAUGCACUUUUAGAGAGAAAAGGAGAAAAAAUGGCAUUCAUUAUCAACAAGGGUUACAAGGAUUUACUUCUAAUUGGAAAUCAAGCUAGACCAAAAAUAUUUGAUCUGAAUAUCAGGCGACCACAAAUUCUCUAUUCAGCCGUAGUAGAAGUAGACUGCCGAGUAAUACCCAUGUUGGAAGGAAAAUGUAAACUUGAGCCUCAAUAUACUAGUAAUUGGAGGAUUGUUGAGGGAAAGACAGGAGAGAAGUUUUAUGUUACAAAAGAGCUCGAUAAAGAUGAAGUAAAGCAAAGCUUAAUAAAACUUAAAGAAAACGGCAUUGAAAGCAUAUCCGUAGCCAUGUUACAUAGUUAUACAGUGUACGAGCAGGAAUUGGAAAUAGGAAAAAUUGCGAAUGAAAUAGGUUUUAAGCAUGUUUCUCUUUCACAUCAAGUAAUUUCGAUGGUAAGAAUAGUUCCAAGGGGAUUUACUUCUUGUGCGGAUGGAUAUCUCACGCCACACGUUAAAAAAUACGUUAAGGGCUUUUCCGAAGGUUUUAAAAACAAAUUAAAAGGUACCAGGGUUUUAUUCAUGCAAAGUGAUGGCGGCUUGACUCCAAUGCACAACUUCAACGGUGCUCGUGCAAUUUUAUCCGGGCCUGCUGGUGGGGUUGUAGGAUACGCAGUUACCACUUGGCAAAAAGAAACUGAUUUACCUGUCAUUGGUUUUGAUAUGGGAGGUACUUCAACUGAUGUUUCACGAUUUGCAGGAAUUUACGAACACGUAUAUGAAAGUACUACUGCGGGAGUAACAAUACAGGCGCCUCAACUUGAUGUAAACACUGUCGCCGCAGGAGGAGGAUCGAUGCUUUUCUUUAGAUCAGGUAUGUUCGUCGUGGGUCCAGAAUCAGCAGGUGCUCAUCCAGGACCAGUAUGCUAUAAAAAAGGUGGACCUUUAACUGUAACGGAUGCAAAUCUUGCCUUAGGAAGGUUGUUACCAGAAUAUUUUCCUAAUAUUUUUGGACCUACUGAAGACUCCCCUCUAGAUAAAGAACAAACUGUUACAGAAUUUUUAAAGUUAGCAAACGAUAUUAAUGAGUUUCUUCAAAAAGAUAAUAAGAAGAAGGACAGCAUGUCUAUUGAAGAAGUGGCAAUGGGAUUUGUCAGAGUAGCUAAUGAAGCUAUGUGUAGACCUAUUAGAGCUUUAACUCAAGCUAAAGGUUAUGAUACUGCACGUCAUGCUUUAGCUUGCUUUGGAGGAGCUGGUGGUCAACACGCUUGUGCUAUUGCGAGAUCUCUCGGAAUGUCAACCGUUUUUGUACACAAAUAUGCAGGUAUUCUUUCUGCAUACGGCAUAGCUUUAGCCGAUGUAGUUCAUGAAGCUCAAGAACCAAGUGCGAAGGCUUAUGUUUCAGAAAAUUUUGCAUAUUUUGAUGAACGACUCACUGCUUUAGGUGUGCAGUGUAAAUCGGAAUUAAUUAAACAAGGGUUCGAUGAUACACAUAUAAUAUUGGAACCUUACCUUCAUAUGCGAUACGAGGGUACAGAUUGUGCUUUGAUGUGUGCUCCUAUUAACUCUGAAAACAAUAGCACUCAGCACGGAGACUUUUUAAAAAGUUUUACAGAUAGAUAUAAUCUUGAAUUUGGUUUUGUAAUUCAAGAUAGAGAGGUUAUUAUAGAUGAUAUUAGGGUGAGAGGUAUUGGUAGAAGUGAUUUAGAUGAAGAGACACUAAUUGAAGCAUUGACCGAUGUCCCCAAACCUAAAUCAGUCACAAAAGUUUACUUUGAAGAUGGUUUUCACGAUACUAAUGUUUUUCUCCUUAAAGACUUAAAAGCUCAACAAACUUUACAAGGUCCUGCUAUAAUUAUGGAUCAGUUAAGCACAAUUCUGUUAGAACCAGACUGCAGUGCUGUUAUAACAAAAUAUGGCGACAUCAAAAUUACUAUUGGUUCUGGAAUUGUAAAAUCUAUAGGUCCAGAAUUGGACUCAAUACAAUUGAGUAUUUUUAGCCAUAGGUUUAUGAGCAUAGCGGAGCAAAUGGGAAGAAUUCUGCAACGUACAUCCAUAUCUACAAAUAUAAAGGAAAGGUUAGAUUUUUCUUGUGCUGUCUUUGGAGCUGACGGAGGUUUGGUGUCCAACGCACCGCAUAUACCAGUACAUCUAGGUGCUAUGCAAGAGGCUGUACAGUACCAGAUGAAGGUUAGAAAAUCAUUCAAUGAGGGCGAUGUCAUUCUUUCCAACCAUCCAUCUGCUGGAGGUUCCCAUUUACCGGACUUUACGGUUAUUACUCCUGUAUUUUAUAGGCAAAGUGUAAAACCAGUUUUCUUCGUUGCCAGCAGAGGUCAUCACGCAGACAUAGGAGGUAUAACUCCAGGUUCUAUGCCACCGCAUUCUACUAGUUUGGAUGAGGAAGGAGCUGCUUUUAAAUCGUUUCUUUUAGUCGAAAGUGGCAAAUUUCAAGAAGAAGAAUUUAUCAAAUCAAUUAAGGCAGCAGGUGGAAGAAAUUUAUCAGAUAAUAUAUCUGAUGUAAGAGCGCAAGUAGCAGCCAAUAAGAAAGGUAUUGAUUUGGUGUGCGAACUUAUUGACCAAUAUGGUUUAGACGUUGUUCAAGCAUAUAUGGGUCACAUUCAAAACAACGCGGAGGUAGCUGUAAGAGAUAUGUUGAAACAAGUUGCUAAAGAAGCAAAGUCAAGAAUUGGCAAAUCCCAAUUAGAGGCAGAAGACUUUAUGGAUGACGGUUCAAAAAUCAAACUUACAGUUUUGUUAGAUGAAGAAAAGGGAUCGGCCUACUGCGAUUUUACAGGCACGGGUUCGGAAGUGUGGGGCAACUGCAAUGCUCCCAAAGCAAUAACUCUAUCGGCACUAAUUUAUUGCUUGAGAUGUAUGGUCGGUCAUGAUGUGCCGCUGAACCAGGGAUGCCUUGCUCCAGUAAAAAUAAACAUUCCAAAAGGUUCUAUUCUCGAUCCAAGUGAUAAUGCUGCAGUGGUCGGUGGAAACGUGUUAACCUCUCAACGGAUAGUCGAUGUUGUUCUUAAGGCAUUCAGAGUUUGUGCAGCUUCGCAAGGAUGCAUGAACAACAUUACGUUUGGAGAUGAAACUUGGGGUUGUUAUGAGACAGUAGCGGGAGGCAGCGGCGCAGGUCCAACUUGGAAUGGUUGUUCAGGUGUGCAUACCCAUAUGACUAAUACAAGAAUAACAGACAUAGAAAUAUUGGAAAGACGAUGUCCAGUGCAUGUACGUACGUUUAUGUUACGACCAAACACAGGAGGAAAAGGCAAGUUUUAUGGUGGUGAUGGAGUACUGAGGGAACUGAUGUUUAGAUCGUCUCUUACGUUAUCAGUUUUAACUGAGAGAAGAGUUCUGCAACCUUAUGGAAUGAACGGUGGUGAGCCCGGUAGUCGUGGUCUUAAUCUGUUAGUAAGAAAUGAUGGUCGCACCAUUAAUCUUGGACCAAAAACUUCAGUAGCUGUUAUGCCUGGG